AUGAGAAGUCUGGAAAGAAUAGUUGAAACUAGAAUCGAACUUCUCGAGUGGGAUUCAAAAGAGACGAAAGAAGACUGUGCAAGGUGUCGAGCUCUCGAUUGUGACAUCAUAUUCGCCCUUUUGUUCACGAUUGUCAUUGCCUGUUUACUGGUUUUGAUUAUGGUGUUCUGGCUGAAAGGAGUGUUACAAUAUGAGGACUGUGAUAUAGAAUAUGUAGAUAUUUAUUCCGAAGUCGAAUCAGUCGACGAAGACAUUCUCUCCUCAGCCCUCGGCGGCCGUUACUGUGGUACAGUGGCUCCUCAUGUUAGAAUAAGUUUACGUCAUGUUAUGAAGAUUGUUUUACAUUCCCGAUCGACAAAUCAUGAAGAUAGUCAUGGUUUUCGAGCUAAAUAUUCGUUUAUUCCUGAAGAUAAAUUCAUAGCCGGCGAGCCAGUUAGUGGCAAAAAGUGUAGUUAUAUAAUAGAUUCUUCGGAUCGUAAAAUAGGAACAUUAUACUCUCCAACUUAUCCUGGAACUUAUCCUCAUAAUAUGCAUUGUUCUUAUCUGAUGAAAGGAUAUCGUGGUGAAAGAAUUCGUCUCUUUUUUACGGAUUUCGAUAUUUUCUUCGGUGGAGAACAUUGCCCAUACGACAGCAUCACAAUAUUUGAUGGUCCGACUCCAUCCUCUCCAAUCAUUCGAAAAGUUUGUGGAUUACAGCAGAGAAUGGAAAUAUACUCAAUGACAAAUAGCUUGUUGAUUCAUUUCAACACGACACAUCCAGCAAAAUCGGAUCCCAGAGGAUUCAUAAUGGAUUACGAAUUCUCAUCUCGGUUUGUGAAUAUCGAUAAACUUCUGAAUAAACAAAGAGGUGUCACCCAUAUUCGAGGAACUGAAUGUGAUGUUCGAGUGGAAAGUAAUCGAGAGACAACUCACACGAUAUCAAGUCCGAAUUACCCUGAAGUGUACCCAGCAAACACAACUUGCACCUAUAUAAUACACGGAUUGCAAGGAGAACAGAACUUGGAAAAAGUAAUCUUGACGUUCGACUCGAUUGCUGUAUUAUCUUUUGAUACAUCACCAGCCACUGCUCCACCAUCAGUAGAUGAUAUCGCUUGUCCAAGUGCCUGGGUGGGAAUAGCAAUCGGUGAAGGAAAUAUGAAGGCAGUGAUGUCAUCAACUGAUGAUUCGAUAUUUGACGUCACUCUAUGUGAACGAAUACCUUCUGACUCUCCUCUUCUCGGUCCAUAUAUUAGUGAAGGACCUCGAAUGGUGAUGCAAUUCGGAAGUACUGAUACGAGAGAUGAUAGAAUUACACCGAUUGGAUUCAAGGCAACGAUUGAGUUCAAAACUGAUUUUGGAGUGACAGGAGAGUCAUUGGGUACAUCGAAUGAAUGCAGAUUCAGAUUCACUUCUUCCACUGGAUUCUUCAAUAGUCCCCGCUAUCCUGCUAAUUAUCCACUUGACACAAAUUGCACCUAUUACAUCGUUGGACAGCCGGGAAGAGAGAUUCUUCUCCAUUUCGAACAAUUCGCAUUGAGUGGAGAUAAUGAUAACAAUUGCAAUGAUUAUCUCGAUGUAUAUGAUGUUUUUGUGAAGAAUGGUAAGGAGGAAUUGAAGUUGAAAGAACGAUAUUGUUCUGAUACAUUCCCCGGUCCAUCUGUAUCUGCAUUCGGUUCUCAUGAAAUGAGAGUUGUGUUCACUUCUGGAUCCAGUGGAACUGCCAAUGGAUUCAAGGCUUUGUUCGAAAUACGGACUGCACGGAAAGAAGAUGUUCCACAUGGAGAAGCGCACAUCCGUCGUGGUGCAUAUCGUUGUGGUUCAGUGAUCAAUUCAACUUCUCUCAAACCGAAUGGACUCAUCAUCUCCCCCAAUUAUCCAGUGAAAUAUAACAAAGAUGUUCAUUGUGAUUGGCAGAUAAAUGUUAAAGAAGGAUAUCAAGUACUUCUGAAAAUGGAGGCAAUUGAUGUUGAAGGAGAGAUGACAUCUGAUAGUGCGAGUUGUCAAAAAGCAGUGAUACGGGUAGAAGGUGCACCAAGAACUGAGUAUUGUGGGACCAAAAGAGAAUUCUUCGAGGCCUUUCUAACCGCUCCUGAUAAAGUUAACGGACUGAAAGGAUUCAAUCUAUCAUGGACAGAAGUCAAGAAUCUUAGUGGAAAAGACGAAAGUGUUUGUAAAUCAGAUUCUCUCUAUUUAUGCACCUAUUCGAAGUUAUGCAUCGAUGCAAAAUUAAGAUGUAAUGGACUGGAUAACUGUGGAUAUGGAGUACAAGAUGAUACUGAUGAACAACAUUGUUCACUAAAAGAGAAGACCGCGGAUCGAACAGUUGUGAUUGCUGCCAUUUUCUGUGGUGGAAUAUUUGUAUUCAUCUGUGGAUUCUUCUUAUAUUUAUUCAAAAAGAAACUGGAAAGAAAGAAAAAAUCAAAACGAAAAAGCGAUACGAAACAUAGACAACGGCAACCGUAUCGACAGCAAAAGCCAAUGCAUAAACAACAUUGUGAUUCUGAACUCUCACCACCUGCAACCAGUCGAUUUGUUCAUCAUGACGCAACGGGAAUUAUGCCACCAAUACCAUUACAUCAAAUUGGAUCUUCAUCUCGUGAUAUGUAUUCUUGA